AUGAGCAAUAUCCUUUACUAUGCUCUGCCGCAACAACAGCAGCAAAAACCAGCCAUUGACGAAGGCGGACAACUUGUCCUGCUUAUUCGACAACACCUGGACAUUGUAAAGACGCGAUUGGAGCGACAUCAAGAUAUCAAUGCAGAUAUCAUCUUAAUUCAACCUACAUACUCUACUUUAUCGGUCAUCGGUAACAGAUUGACACAUUUGGAGCUGAUAUCUCAAUCACUUAUCGGUGUAGCGGGUCACCGUAAUACCAUUCAAUAUGUCGUCCUUAACGAGAUUGAAAAUCUCAUCUCAUAUACUCAAUAUAUCGCUUCAUCCAACGAUUGGCCCGCUUCUACCUCUCAGCUACCGCGCCUCAGACACAUGAUAUUGCUAGAUGCUACACACUAUCGUUACGAUCGCGAUGAUAUCCUGACUGUGCUCAACGACGAGCAUUGUCCCGAGCUGGUCGAGCUAAAAACGAUUACAAAAGAAAGCAGCAACGGUCCCUUUUUACUUGUAGAAGAGGGUGACGACGAGGACGACGAGGAUCUAAACGUAUCAACAAUACCUGCAGACAAAGAAGCCGGGUUAGGACUCUAUCGUUUGGUAAUUCAUAACAUCCAUUCAGCGAGGGCCUUACGCUCACGCCUGGAAAAGAGCAGCAAUUUGCUUCACACCAUGUCGCUAACCUUGGGUCCAAUAAUCAAAAAUUAUACAGCUGCUGCCAUUGACUGGGAACCGCUCUCCGCAUUUACAAUGCACAAACUGUCCACCUUCCAUAUAUCCAAAGAUUGUCUGCCAUUUUACGAACAUUUACCAGCAAUUUUACGCUGUUUUCCGGCCCUCAAAUCACUCUACCUGGAAAAGGCUACAAUAGAAGAUCCACAACCAACAGACGAUUUUAUUAGACUCCAUUCCUUUUCUAAGCAAGCUCUCAAGAUUGGAACUGCAUUUUAUGGAUGUACGGGUUGA